AUGUAGUUAUCAUUGGUUGCCAUAUUUACACAACAUUUAUAUAGUUAACCUGCGAUCAGGUGGCAACUUGACCAGAGUGCAGCUGGGAUAGGCUCCAGCACCCCACGUGACCCAGAGAGGGACAAGCGGUAGUAGAUGGAUGGAUGAUGUAGUUAGCAUUGAUUUACUUAGCAUAUUCAGUCUGUUAGCUCAUAUACAUAACCUUGAGGUAGCAUUCAUGUAGUUCAAAUUUAACAUUUGACGGCGUUAGUUAAAUUACUGAGUUAGCAUUUACGUACUUAGCCUUUAGUUCCUGAGCAUUGUUGUUGUUAGCUUAUCCUGGUUGUGGCCUGUCAACCAAUACAAAUACCGUGUCAGCAAUACCUUUUAUUUACUUUUCUUUGAUUGUUCCUCAUGAGAUUGACUUGCUGUUAAAUGUGGAGGACGAGCAGCUCGGUCCUCAUAGUUCCUAUAAGGAGUUACUUUGUGGCCUCCGAAGGACGAGCAGGUCGGUCUUCAUAGUUCCCAUAAAGAGUUACUUUGAGGCCAGGUCGGUCCUCGUAGUUCCUAUAAAGAGUUACUUUGUGGCCAGGUGGGUCCUCGUAGUUCCUAUAAAGAGUUACUUUGUAGCCAGGUGGGUCCUCGUAGUUCCUAUAAAAAGUUGACCGACUUCUGAUAUUUGUGUUGUCAUCGACACUUUGACGUUCAAUUAACCCCGCUUGUUGUCUAACAGGCGAUUUGGCGAAGCUUCAACAUAACGUGAAUAUGCGAAACACAAAGUACUUAGAACGUUUUGGUUUGGAUUUUCAAAUAUUACUUUAGCUCAAUUUGUCGCUCACUUCUGACACUAUUUAACGUACCGGUUUCGACGGCCUGUAAGAAAUAGUUGAGGGUGAACAAGCGCCACGCCACAUGUCAAUUUUUGGAACACUUUCUGUUUGACACGUUUGUUUAGUCAUGGCUUUUAUAACCCGCCCCGCCAAAGAAAAAAAAAAGAAAAUUAAUCCCUAAUAAAAUGUGAAACAAUGAGGACGAAGUUGUUGUUUUAUAUAUACAUUGCUGGGGGAAAGAAUACGCAGAUAUAGCUCCAGCCCAGAGAGAAAUCUUGCAUUCUGCAUACAUUCCAGUAGAUGGCGGUAAUAAUAGCUAGUUUGGCGACCCGCAAUAAACGCAGUAGAAGAAGAAAAGCCGGAAGCCAAACAUGGAGGAACGAGAGGCGUUAAAAAGGCAAAUAGAUCUUCUUCAAAGUCUCAUCAAUAAACAUAAGAGUCUCCACGGCGACACACCAAGAGCUUCAGAGGUGUCCACAUCAUCCAGAGGGAGGAACAACAGCACUUCUGUCAUUCAUCCACACAGCCUGAGGAGGAGCCCUUUAACGAACCAGAGUCAUGGCAGCUGGAGGAAGACGUACUCUCUGAAAAACAAGAACCCUAUUUCGACUGUUUCAACCUCUGUAUCUCAUAGUUCAUUGCCACCGAGCCACGCGGUGGGAGAGACAAGUAGCACAUCCAAACCCUCUACUGCGUCAACGAAGAAAGUUGGACAAGCGGGAACUGAUCUCACGGGGAUUAAGAACAUCGCCAAAGCGAAAAGGGUUACUUCUGGAAAAGUGCUGGCUGUGUCUCAGCCUCCUUCAGUUGCAAAAUGUAUUCAACCAGAAAGGCAGCAACAGAAGGGUUCUCCAGAAAGCCGCUCUCCAGCCAAAGACAACUUCCUGACCGGUGUGCAAGUCAAACCCCAGUUUUCUUUCCUUAACAGUAAAACCAAUCAAACUCCGAUCCGACAUCUGGACGACAAAAAAAAAACAGUACAAAAUAAAAGCUCGUCAACUCAGUCAUCUUUUACAAAGGUGCCAAAACAACCUUUACACCAUCCCUUGUCACAUUUAAACCAGGCCACAGGCAGGUUUUCUAAAUCCAAGUUUACUUGGGUUAAGAACCAAAGUGGUGGAGGUAAGGAGCCUAGCACAAGUAGUAGUAGUCGUGCUGUUUCUUCACCCACGGGUAGAACUUUAGACUCAAAAUCUGCAACAUUUGGCGGAAGCACCCUAUCUUCUUCCCCCGGCAUCCGAAAAACCCCUGCCAAAAAGUUCCCCCGGAAAGCCAUCCCAACCAUCCCAGCCCCCAGGACGUCCAAGUACCAAUGGGUUUCAUCAACCGCUAAGACCCAAGCGAAGUCGUCUAGAAAAUCACUCUCUCCCAAAUUGCCGACCAAUACUCAGAGAUUCCUGGAAAAAGGAGAAACUCCGAAGAAAAUAAAACCAGCCUCCAGUACCUCGACCAAGUUGAAGAAGAGAUAUUCAACGUGUUCUCCCGCUUCUCCAUUUAGUAGAUAUCGCUGGAAGGCUGGCGGAUCCGGAGCAGGAUGGGACCACCGCAGAUCUUCCUUUGUUUGGACGUCAGAAAAAAUCAACAAGGGAGCAAAAAAGGGGCUGGUCUCUUCCGUGUUGCCUCAGUGUGUCGCCGUCCAAUCCUCUCCGAGUGCAUUCAAGCUUCGUAGCAGGAUGAAAAUCAUCAGGAAGUCUGAUAACAGUGGAAGUCCGUCGUUGAAGGGUGGCGUCCCAUCGGGUGUCAAAUACUCACCACGGGGUCGCUCGCACAGCGCCACUCGGUUUCCAACGGGGGCUCGAAGGACACCCACCAGGGAGUUUGUGUCUUUUGGUCGGCACAAGUUGAGACGAGUCUCCCCCAGCCAAUUGAGAACAAGUCAAGCCAUGUCCUUUCACUGUUCUCCUGCCUCCCAGAGGAUAUGUGGAACGCAGUACAAGAAGGUGAACUGGCCUGGCCCUAGUGUUGCACACACUCUCCCCUACAACGCCAGCCUCUCGUGGAGAGCCAAAAAAAUCCAGUCCGCAAGGAGUUUCCUUCAGAGCCGCCAGAGAUCAUGUCACAACAGAUACCCAGCACCCUUGCACCAUUGGAAAGAAUCUAGUGUGUGUUGGAUUCGGGGUAGUCUCUACCAAGUGUCAGCCAAUAAACUCUCCCGCAAAGUCUCUCACAACAUGGCCAUUAACCGAACAGGGCGAAGUUUCAACGCUUCCCACGUCUCUCCUACCAAUCUUGUGGCCACGCGCUUCAACAGCUCCCGUCAUUUGGCCAGCCGUGCAGUCCAGCGCAGUCUUACCAUAAUCCGACAAGCUCAUCAGAAGAAGCAGCCAAGACAGUACUGCAUGUACUACAACCGCUUUGGCAAAUGCAAUCGUGGCAGCAGCUGUCCCUACAUCCAUGACCCGGACAAAGUUGCCGUUUGCACAAGGUUUCUGCGUGGGACUUGCAAGCAGGCAGACGGAACCUGUCCCUUCUCCCAUAAAGUAGCCAAAGAGAAGAUGCCGGUGUGCUCCUACUUCCUGAAGGGAAUCUGCAACAACAGCGACUGUCCCUACAGUCAUGUCUACGUCUCCCAUAAGGCCAAAGUGUGUGAGGACUUUGUCAGAGGUUACUGCCCCGAAGGAGAAAAGUGUAAGAAGAAACACACACUGUUGUGUCCUGACUUCAGUAAGACCGGUUCCUGCCCUCAAGGAGCCCGCUGCAGAUUGCAACACCGCCAACGUACCAAACGGACUGCCUCCACUCCCGUCAGACCUCGUAUCAGGCAACUCUCCAACAGCCCCUGCCUGUCUGAGCUUGUUCUUCCACAAGACUCUCAGGAAACACCAGGAACAUCUGCUUCAAGUCUGCUGGCACUGCCAUCUUUUAUCUCCCUCUCGAGUUCCCCGGAGGAGCCAGACUCACCGGACACACUACGAGCCGAGACCUCACAGCUUAAAGACAAAAAACUGCAGAUCAAACCUCUGGUACUGAGGAGCACAAGAAGCAGCAGCAGUGGAGGAGAACACCAAUGAUGAUGCUUUUAGACUGAAAUGAGUGUUGCAAUCCAAACAAGGUGGAGUUUGGACACAUUUUGACCCGUGAAGAAGCAGUACGUAAGUUUUUAAGCCCUUCUUUUGUGUCCGUAUCGCAGUUGGCAGGUGAGCAUCUCCUCAAAGAACCACACCUCCUCCUUGGAAAACAUUUCUGGAACAUACUUUUGCAGACUUUUGGCUGACUCUUGUUUACUUGCUCACUGUGUUAAAUGUCUUACUUCAAUUUGAAAACAUUACAGAAGAUAGUUUAACUUCAUUUUUUGGCCAAGUCAGCACACCUCCUCACAAGUCUUCUGCCCUCACGUUUGUGAACAACAAGUCCCGUGGUGCACCUUCAAGGUGUGUGCUGUCAGAGAUCACAUGAUGUGACUUGUGAGAAAGUGGUGCACCUUCAAGGUGUGUGCUGUCAGAGAUCACAUGAUGUGACUUGUGAGAAAGUGGUGCACACCUUCAAGGUGUGUGCUGUCAGAGAUCACAUGAUGUGACUUGUGAGGAAAGUGGUGACGGCGUGCAGUCCUUUCAUGGCGGGAAACAUGAGCGUAAAAGACUUGAUGGUGAGGCUGAUCGCAGGAGAGUUUUAGGCCCGGACCUCGGUUUGCUUGCUCAUGAAGAUGCCCGCUUGAUGGGGUGUGGAUCAUUAAAGAUGUAGAAACAGAAAAGCACUUGUUGAGCUAUAUUUUACUUGUUGUUUUAUUGUGUGGUUUUAUUUCAUUGACGUCGUCCUCGUUGCUGUUGAAGAUUUUGUAUUACAAUUCUGAGUUUUCAAAUAAAAGUGCCUUGUUGACUACAA